AUGGCCGUGCCGUCCUUCGGCCGAGCCAGCCGGCUGACGACGCUGCUCUCCGCCCUGCUCUUCGCUGCUGCCUUUGUUGGAGCCGAUGAUGGAGGCGUCACCACGGAGGCGGAGAGCGAGGUCCCCGAGUGGGCGUCCAACAAUGCCCUGCAGUUGACGCUGUCCGCUCAGCCGGGCCUCCAGCUAACCACGAUCCCGCUGACGUCAAAUCUCGGCCUCAACGAGUCGAGUCCUGCUCGCGGGAUUGUCCGGAUAUACGGCAACAUGAAGCCUGCCAACGUGACCAACUUCAACGAAAUCACAGACCACGACGACGUCGCAUAUCUAUCCUGUGACAAGCCAAGCGACGACAGCUUCAUCAACCCCGAUAAGAUGCUCAACGACCUGAUGAAGCAGAAGCCCAAGGCCAUCGUCCUCUACUCGACCAACAAGAACUGGUGCUCCAUCAGCGACACCGACUCUCUCCCCUACACCAGCAUACUGACCAUGGCGGACGCGGGCGAGGCGAGCGAGGUCCUGAACUUUCUCAACGGCACCAAGGCUGGGCGCGACGUCAAGGUCCUCAUCUCCGGUAAUGCUACCGACAACCAGAGCGCCAGCGGCGACAGCGGCAGUGGAGGUAGCAACUCCGCUGUGGCGAUGAGCAUUCUGUAUAGUAUCACGGGCCUGAUCACCCUGCUGUUCCUCAUCAUCAUUGCCACGGGCGCCAUAAGGGCGCACCGCUACCCGGAGCGAUAUGGACCGAGGGGCGCCUUCGGCGGGAGGCCGCGGCAGAGCCGAGCCAAGGGGCUGGCCCGCGCUGUGCUCGACACCAUCCCCAUUGUCAAGUUCGGGAACCAGCAGCCUACCAAGCCGGACCCCGAGCUCGAGCUGGACACGGCCACGACGGAUGGUCACGAUGCUGCAACACAGCGAUCCGUGGAUGACAGGCAACCCGAUUCAGUCACCGGCGCAGCGGCCGCUCCUGGGUCCCGACGACCGAGCGGGGAGACAUCGAGGUCCACGCGGAACUCCUCCGCUGUGACGGACACCGGGCAUGGCGAAGACAGCCACCCGGGCUGCUCCAUCUGUACCGAAGACUUUAAGGUGGGAGAGGACGUCAGAGUCUUGCCGUGCAACCACCAGUUCCACCCCCACUGCGUCGACCCCUGGCUGGUCAACGUGUCCGGGACAUGUCCGCUCUGUCGACUGGAUCUUCGUCCGAAUCAGGGCAACGCCAAUGAAGGCUCGACCGCCGGCGAUAACGAAUCCCUUGCCCCUCCCCUGGCCAUGGAGGGCGAAGACGAGCAUGCUUCGUCUAGCACGCAUAGCCACCGCUUGUCGCGUCUGUUCGACGUCAACAGGCUGCGGCAAGCACCCGUGGAAGAGCGGAUCGAAGCCCUCCGACAGAUGAGGGCUCAGAGGAAUGAACAUGGUCAUGAGGCUCACGAGCCAGAAGCAGCGGACGCGGCCGACAGCAGGCCGCAUGGCGCGCGCCUGACUGAUAAGCUCAAGGACAAGUUUCGGAUUCGGACCCGCGCCCAGCCCGCGCAGCGCCGCCGAGAAAGUCGAAGCUGA